CGUACACUUGUGAGAAGUGCGCUGGAUUUGCUCGAGAGUGCAGAACUUGGGAGCGGGGAAGCGAAACAGACACUCACUCACACGCACACACAUCUGCCCUUUGGUGGUUUGCUUUUGCUUGUCUCCCUGUGACCGCAAGAGCAUUCACAAGACGGCAACAAGAUGAGGGAGAAGCCUCAGCUCUCGGCGGGAGAUUACUUCUCCUUGCUCUACGCCAUGACCCGCGCAGUGGGCACGUUGACCUUCACCACCCUUACUGGCUGGUCGAGAGGAGAGGACUGUCCAAAGGACUACAAGCGCCAUGUCAUCUACAGCACUUGUCGGGCGACGUUUCCGCACUUGUCGGUCAAGCAGAUGCAGGCUAUACAGCCAACUACGGUCGGGGGUUACACUGCGUUUGCGAAGAAGCGGAAAUUCGACCCAGAGAUUGUAGAGCUGGAUGAUGGUGCGUCGGGGUGCUUCAUGGGACCGAAGACGGCGAAGAAGACGCUGGUGUGGUUCCACGGCGGAGGAUACUCGUUCGCAGCAUCCGAUCAGCACUGGGUCAUGCUCUGGGAUCUCAUCGAGCUGGCCAAGAAGAAUGGCGACGAUCUUCGAGUCAUGGUUUUGGAGUACGAGCUCGCUCCCAAGGGUUACUACCCGCUGCAACUCAAGCAGGCGGUCGCAGGGAUCAAGUACCUGUUGAACUCGGGGUUGAAGCCCUCACAGAUCCUCUUCGGCGGCGAUUCAGCUGGCGGCAACCUUGCCGCAGCACUCAUCGGCCAUCUCUCACAUCCUCACCCCAACGUGUCCCCCAUCCCGCUCUCCAGUAACUUGGGAGGCGCCCAUCUGGUGUCUCCUUGGGCCUCAUUCACACAGGAAAGGGAGUCAUGGAAGGAGAACUACAAAAGGGAUGCUCUGGUCCCGAGAGUAGUGAGGAUCUGGUCCGACACUUUCAUGGCCAAAUCGCCCGAGGACAACUGGAACCAGCCUGCCGAAGCGCCGGCCGACUGGUGGAAAGAUAUCAAGGUGGACAGUGUGGCUAUCGUCGGCGGACAGAAUGAGGUCCUGAUGGGCGACAUCCGGGAGCUCGCUGAGAAGAUGAAGGUACACAAUCCUACACUUGACUAUCUGGAAGCGCCCGGCGAAGCGCAUGACGCGAUCGUACUGGAUAGGACGUUUGGGAUCAAGGACGAGUUAGCAUCGGAGCAGUUUAUUAACAAAUGGAUUCUGGGCAGGUUGAAGUAGGGCAGAAACGGGCAGAUCAGUCUAGGACAGGCGAAGAGGCAUAAUUUCAUCUAUCACGCAACCUGUCGUGGAGUUUGUCUUCUGAUAUCUUCCGUUGCGGGCGCAGAAGCAAAAUCCGGUGGAGGGGCGACUUGACCACGCAAGUCACUUGUAUUG